ACUGCUGAACUAACAUCGACAACUGCAGGAUCAACAACUUUUGCAGAAAAACCUGCAACCACAACUGCAGGACAUAUAACAACUGCAGGACAGAUAAUAACUGCAGGAACCACAACGGCAACUGCUGAACCAACAUCACCAACUGCUGAAAAAACAACACCAACUGUAGGACCAACGACUGCAUUGCCAAAAACAGCGACUACAGGACUGACAACGAGAACUGCUGAACCAACAACAACUGCUGGUACAAGAGCUACAACUGCAGUACACACAACAACUGUAAGAUCAUCAACAAGUGCAGUGUCAACACUGACAGCUCCUGAACCAAACACAACAACUGCAGGACCAAUAACGACAACUGCUUUACCAAAACAAACGGCAGGACCAUCAACAACAACAUUAACAAAUUCCGCAGGAUCAACAACAACAACUGCAGGACCAACAACUGUCAAUGCAGAACCCACAACGCCGAAUCCUGAACCGACAACAAUUCAUGGAUCAGGAGCUACAACUGCAGGAACCACAACGGCAACUGCUGAACCAACAACGCCAACUGCUGAAAAAACAACUCCAACAGUAGGACCAACGACUGCGGUGCCAAAAACAGCGACUACAGGACUGACAACGAGAAGUGCUGAACCAACAACAAUUGCUGGACCAAGAGCUUCAACUACAGGCCAAAUAUCGACAACUUCUUUACUAACAACAACUGCAGGACCAACAACUCCAAAUGCUGAAAAAACAACACCAACUGUAGAACCAACGACUGCAGUGCCAAAAACAACUAGAACUGCUGAACCAACAACAAUUGCUGGACCAAGAGCUUCAACUGCAGGCUCAAUAUCGACAACUGCAUUACCAACAACAGCUGCAGUACCAACAACAACUACGUUAACUACUACCACGGGAUCCACAACAAAGACUGCAGGACCAACAAUCCCAACUGCUAAACCAACAACAACUGCUGGUCCAAGAACUACAACUGCAAUACACACAACAACUCUAAUAUCAUCAACAAGUGUAGUAUCAACACUGACAGCUCCUGAACCAAACACAACAACUGCAGGACCAAUAACGACAACUGCUUUACCAAAACAAACGGCAGGACCAUCAACAACAACAUUAACAAAUACAGCUGGAUCAACAACAACAACUGCAGGACCAACAACGGCGACUGCUGAACCAACAACGCCAACUGCUGAAAAAACAACACCAACUGUAGGACCAACAACUGCAGUGCCAAAAACAGCAACUACAGGACUGACAACGAGAACUCCUGAACUAACAACAAUUGCUGGACCAAGAGCUUCAACUACAGGCCUGUUAUCGACAACUGCUUUACCAACGACAACUGCAGGACCAACAACGCCAAAUGCUGAAAAAAUAACACCAACUGUAGGACCAACGACGACCAACGACUACAGUGCCAAAAACAGCGACUACAGGACUGACAACGAGAAGUGCUGA